AUGAACGCCGGUGAAGAGGCCCUGGAGGCGGCUCUGCUGCAUCGGCACGAGCGCCCAGCCGGUCGAGCCCCGGUGCGCGGCGAGCGGCCGGUCCCGAUGGCUGGCGAGGAUGAUGGUAAUCCGCUGGGGCUGCGCGCGAUUGGGCUGAUGCCCAUGAUGAUGUCAGACGACGAUGACAGCGAGGACGAGGGCGACCAGGAGGCCCUGGAUGAAGACGAUGAUGCCGGCGAUGAGCAUGAGGGAGCGCACCGGCCGCAUGCAGACGGUCCGAUACAGCUGCACCAGUUUCUGCGGUUCAUCGCCGGCCGGGCCGGCGUGGCGCGCGACCGCCCGCACGGCACCAACGAUGACCUCAUCAACAACCUGCGCCGCAUGGGCGUCCUCUCCUCGGAGAAGGUGAUCAAGGCAAUGAGGUUGUGCCCGAGGAAUGCGUUUCUGCCGGAGGCGCACCGCAACCCGGAUGAGGCGUUCCUGGACUCCCCAGUCCGCCUGGACACGCUGGACUUCAAUGUCUCCGCGCCCCACAUGCACGCCACCUGCCUGCAAGAGCUGGAUCUGCAGCCGGGGCACAGGUUCCUGGACGUGGGCAGCGGCUGCGGCAUAGUUACCGCAUGCGCGGCACUGCUGGUGGGCAAGAUGGGCCGGUCGGCGGGCAUUGAUGUGAAGCGCGCGGCGGUGCAGCUCGGCCGCUCCAGUGUGGCCGCCCUCGCACGCACCGACGCCGAGUACGCGACCAAAGCCGCCGACGUGCGCUUCUUCGUGCACAACGUCUUCAUGCCCUCCCUGCGCCACAAGGGGCAGUAUGACAGGGUGCACUGCGGCGCGGCGUGCCCUCCGUCCAAGCUGGUAUUCUUGCUGGAGCUGCUGCGGCCGGAGGGCGGCCUCAUAGUCACCCCCGUGGAACCCAGCGACCUGCGCGUGCUCGUCAAGGCGCCCGACGGCUCCGUGCGGCAGCGCAUCAUCUCCCAAGUGCCAUCGGACGCCGAGAUGCUGCUGUCGACGAUAAAAAUGGAGCGCCGGGCUCAGCUGGCAAUCCCUCCGCUGCCCUCAACCUUCGCUGCAGACGUGGCCGCCAUCACUGGGUCUCCGGGCACGUCGGCGGGCAGCUGCAUGAGCGAGCAGAGCGCCUUUGGCAUGGAUGAUGCGGACGGCGAACGGCGCUGGCCCUGGCCCAAGAAGGUCGCCCAGUUCCUGUCCGCCUGCUCCGGCUCCCAAGGUUCGUCGGGGAGCGAGGGCAGCGGCAGCGGCUUUGAGGGCAGCGAGGAGGACAGUGGCGCAGUGCUGGAUGCCGACGAGCUGGGCUCCCCCGACUGCACCCUCAUCGGCGCAACCUGGCACAUUCCCGCAAGGUGCGUGCUGCGGGUGCGGUGCGAGCAUUUCCGCGCGCGCUGUGACAGCGGCAUGCGCGACGCCUCCGACAGCCACCUCCCAGUCCCCGACCACUUCUCCCAGGAGGCGAUGGAGGUGUUCAAGUUUUACCUGUACAAUGACCAGCUGGACGCACGGCUGGACGCGGAGGCUGCCACGGCGGUGCUGCACAUCGGCCAGUACUACGGCGCGCCCCGCCUGGUCGGCCUCUGCGAGCGGAUGCUGGCGCGCGAGAUCCGGCACCGCGACGCCGGCGAGGAAGGCACCUGCGAGGCGGCAGCUGCGCUACUGGGCUUGGCAGACGAGGCCGGGCUGCCUCACCUGCGCGCGGUGGCGCUGGACUUUGUGGUGCAGCACUUCCCGGCUGUGUCUGCCACACCGGCCUGGGCCGCGCUGCCGCGAUCGGCCGCCGACGCCGUCGCCGCGGAGGCGGCUGCUCGCUUCAAGCACUCGGUGGAUAUCAUGCGCGGCAUGGCCGCCCAGUACAAGACUAGCGCCGGCAAGUAG